CAAAAGCAUCAUCUCUCUUCAGCGAGAUACCAAACAUACGAGUAGUAACAAUCAUCCGAUGAUGGGGUGGUGCGAGGUAGGCAUGAUGAAGGUUCUCGUCCUCAGCCUCGUGGCCGGCGCCGUCGCCGCCGUGCGGCCGAGCAAGCUGCUGCCGGCGGCGGUGCCUGCGGUGUACGUGUUCGGGGACUCGACGCUGGACGUCGGCAACAACAACUAUUUGCCCGGGAAGGAUGUGCCCAGGGCUGACAAGCCCUACUACGGCAUCGACUUGCCGGGCUCCGGCAAGCCCACCGGAAGGUUCAGCAAUGGCUACAACACCGCCGACUUCGUCGCCCAAGCUCUGGGAUUCAAGAAGAGCCCCCUUGCUUAUCUGGAGCUGAAAGCGCGGAAGAUGCUAAUCCCGAGCGCUGUCACGAGAGGAGUAAGCUAUGCAUCGGCAGGAGCUGGGAUUCUGGAUUCCACUAACGCCGGAAACAACAUCCCGCUGUCGCAGCAGGUGCGGCUGUUCGAGUCGACCAAGGCCGAGAUGGAGGCCGCAGUGGGCCAGCGCGCGGUGCGCAAGCUGCUCUCCGCUUCCUUCUUCCUCGUCAGCGCCGGCAGCAACGACUUCUUCGCGUUCGCGACGGCAAUGGCGGAGCAGAACAGGACAGCGACGCAGGCCGACGUCACGGCCUUCUACGGCAGCCUCCUCUCCAACUACUCUGCCACCAUCACCGAGCUGUACAAGCUGGGCGCCAGGAAGGUGGGCAUCGUCAACGUGGGCCCGGUCGGCUGCGUGCCUCGCGUGCGCGUGCUGAACGCCACCGGCGCGUGCGCCGACGGCCUGAACCAGCUGGCCGGCGGCUUCGACGGCGCGCUCAGGUCCGCCGUGGCCGCGCUCGCCGCGGACCAGCUGCCGGGGCUGGCCUACUCCGUGGCCGACAGCUUCGGGUUCACGCAGGCGUCGCUGGCCGACCCGCUGGGGCUGGGGUUCGCGAGCGCCGACAGCGCGUGCUGCGGGAGCGGGCGGCUGGGCGCGCAGGGCGACUGCACGCCCGCGGCCACGCUCUGCGCCGACCGUGACCGCUACGUCUUCUGGGACUCCGUGCACCCGUCGCAGCGGGCCGCCAUGCUGGGCGCGCAGGCCUACUAUGAUGGCCCGGCCCAGUACACCUCGCCCGUCAGCUUCAAGCAGCUGGCCCGCAUGAGGAUAGGCUGAUUUCUCAUUUUUUGUUGUAUUCUUGUGGCCCAUAUAGCGGCAAUAACGGUAAUAAAGUCAGUGUAAC